AUGUCUACAGAUCACCGAAACGAGAUUCAUCCCCAUGUCGACCACUACAUUGGCAUCGAUGUGGGGACAGGCAGCGCCAGGGCCUGUAUAAUGAACGACCAGGGGGACAUCAUAGGAUUGGCGAGCGAGAAUAUAGGGCUUUGGCAGCCACAGACGGGAUACUAUGAGCAAUCGACUACCGACAUAUGGCGUUGUAUCUGCUCCUCCAUCCGCCGCGCAAUGACCCAGCACAGCAUCGAUCCCGAGUCCAUUAAAGGGAUUGGCUUCGACGCUACAUGCUCCCUCACAGUCUUCUCUGGCGACACAGACGAGCCUGUGUGUGUAACCGGGCCGAACUUCGAUAACCAUGACGGAAACGACCGGAAUGUUAUCCUGUGGCUAGACCACAGGCCUGUCGAGGAGACGCAAAAGAUCAAUGCCACGAAUCACAAUCUGCUGCGCUAUGUGGGCGGCAAGAUGUCCAUUGAGAUGGAGAUACCAAAGGUGCUGUGGCUGAAGAACAACAUGCCGAAGGAGCUGUUUGACCGCUGUAAGUUCUACGAUCUGACGGACGCUCUUACGCACAUUGCCACUGGAAGCGAGACGAGGAGCUACUGCAGCGUCGUUUGCAAGCAGGGCUUUGUCCCCGUCGGUGUGGAUGGCAGUGUGAAAGGCUGGCAGGAGGACUUCCUGAAGGAGGUUGGGCUAGAAGACCUCUGCGAAGACAACUUCAAGCGGAUGGGAGGAGUGGACAAGGUGAACGGCAAGUACUUGACAGCCGGAGAACUUGUCGGAACUCUGAGCGAGAAAGCCGCCCAAGAGAUGGGCCUUCCAGCAGGCAUCGCAGUCGGCAGCGGCGUCAUCGACGCAUACGCUGGCUGGAUCGGCACAGUAGGCGCAAAGGUACGGCUGAACGAGCAUCAACUCGACGACCAUGUGCCGAAAAACGACAUCCAUCAAGCCUUCACCCGCCUAGCAGCCGUAGCAGGCACCUCGACCUGCCAUCUCGCCAUGUCCGAGAAACCGGUCUUCGUGAACGGCGUAUGGGGCCCCUACCGCGACGUCCUCAUACCAGACUACUGGAUGGCGGAGGGCGGACAGAGCGCGACGGGCGAACUGCUUAAACACGUGAUUGAAACCCAUCCGGCACACCAGGAAGCCAUGUCCGUGGCCGAGACCUACAACACCAACAUCUACGACUACUUGAACCAGCACCUGCAGGAGAUGCAGGAGAAAGCCGGUGCGCCGACCAUCAGCUGGCUGGGCCGGCAUUUCUUCUUCUACGGCGACUUGUUCGGUAAUCGCUCGCCCGUGGCCGAUCCGAACAUGAAGGGCGCAGUCAUCGGUCUUAGUUCUGACAAGUCGCUGGAUGGCCUCGCUCUGUACUACUACGGCACGAUGGAGUUUAUCGCCCUACAGACGAAGCAGAUCGUCGAGGCGAUGAACAAGUCCGGCCACGUCAUCUCGUCCAUCUUCAUGUCCGGCUCGCAGUGCCAGAACGCCAUUCUGAUGGAUCUGAUCGCGGCGGCCUGCGAUAUGCCGGUGCUGAUUCCGCGAUAUGUACACGCGGCUGUGGUGCAUGGAGCGGCGAUGCUGGGCGCGAAGGCGGCGAGUACGGAUAAGGACGGGAAUAGCGAGCCACUGUGGAACAUCAUGGAUCGGUUCAGCAAGCCAGGGAAGGCGGUACAGCCGACGAAGAACGAGAUUGAGAAGAAGCUGCUGGCGGCUAAGUACAAGGUGUUUUUAGAGCAGUGUGAGAGUCAACAGAGGUAUAGGAGGGAGAUUGAUGAAGCGGUAAAGGGGUAG